UGAGGGUAGGUACAUCACCUGCUGUCAUCUUUGUGUCAUCCGGCAGAGGCAAUCCGUGUGUGUAGUGUAUGUUUUGCAGUCUGCUAGCGAUUUUUAGUAGCAAGAAACGAAAAAGUUUCUUGUAUGCUAAUUCAGAACUGUAUUUUAGCUAAAGUGUUGAAAAUUGUGUUCUAAAGGAAUUUGAAAAGUGUUAUUUGUGCCCGCUUCUUCGCUAAUUGAUUGUGCUUCGAUUAGGUGAUUUGCUUCGGCGAAGAUAAUUCGAAUAAUUUUACCAUGUGACCCGGAGAUCCACACAAAUCUCAAGCAACCCCGAUUUGUCUAGAACCACACUUUCGGAUCUGCAAUGUAACAGUGUCCAACGGCUGUCGGCUGACUUACUCCAUGACAAGUUAUGCCGAUAAUAGAAAUGAUGGUGGCGAUGAGUUUAGUGCAAUACCAAUCGCUGAGUGAAAAUACGAUCCGAAUAAAACGCAAUCAGUUGUUACUAAAAAGCGCAUCGAAAAGAAAUAAAAACAAAACGUAAAUUCCGCCAGGGAAAACUAAGACAUCACACAAGGAGAGGCUCGUUCGUAAUUGUUGCGAUAACGGACAUCAAUUUUAUCUCUGGACGACAUAUUUGGGACACUGAAACGCGAUAGGCACCACCAAUUUGCUGGAUCUAAUCAUUGCAGCUAAUAAUACCACGGGAAUCGAACUCACGUGCUAUUCGAAGUGAAGCUGGCAAACAGUGAAAUGUUAAAUAAAGCACAAAAACUGCUGCUCGGGAUAGUAUUGCUAGUGCUAGUCGAUGUCAUCUGGGUGUCCUCGAGCGAACUGACCAAGUUUCUUUACGAUGAGGAAAAUUACGACAAGCCAUUCUUCUGCACCUACUUUAAGUCAUCAAUGUUCACAAUCUACCUGGUAUUCCUGGGACUCAUUGCUCCGUGGAAGGAGAGUUGCAACCGAAAUGGAAACUAUGCGCUCAUGGAAGCGACUGAGGAAGACGAUGGAUUCUACGGCAAUGGGGCUUCAAGUUUGAGCGAUUCCUCUUUCGUCCCAAUCAAAGCGGACGCACAGGUGUCCGGGACUGAAAGUGAUGAUUCCAGCAUACGGAGUGUCCGGUUCAGCAAGGUGGCUGAAGUUCGGGAAAUGUCACCCCAUGAAGCCACCGAGGCACUUAUGUCCCGGCUCUCGUAUGCAGCCAGUUUACGGGUUCGACGACAAAAAUCACACCAUAAGACUGCUCGCACGGCGCUCAUGUUCUCGAUUCUGUGGUUCAUCGCCAACUACAUGUUUCAACUGGCAUUGGAGCCGAGCGAAACCGCCAUGGUCACGUUGCUAAGUUCAACCUCCAGUCUCUUCACGUUGGUCCUGGCAGCCAUGUUUCCUUCGUCGUGCGGUGAUAAGCUCACCGUUUCGAAAAUCUUUGCAGUUCUUCUGAGCAUCUCUGGAGCGAUCAUGGUUUCCCUGUCGGAGAUCAACGAGCCCAAGAUGACCCGGGGGAUUGUGUUGGCCAUUACGAGCGCCUUCUUCUAUGCGUCCUAUUUGGUGCUAGUCAAGCGAAAAAGUGAUACCGAGGAGAAGAUCAACAUUCCGCUGUUCUUCGGCUUCGUCGGCAUGUGGAACCUGUUGCUACUGUGGCCUCUGCUGUUCGUACUUAACUUCUCGCAGCUGGAAGUGUUUGAACUCCCGUCGCGGAAGCAGUUUUUGGUUCUCUUCCUGAACGGACUGAUCGGGACGGUUCUGUCAGAGGCCCUGUGGCUGUGGGGCUGCUUCCUGACUUCAUCCCUCGUCGGAACCGUAGCAAUCACGCUACAGAUCCCGUUGGCAAUGCUAUUCGACAUGAUCCUGCACGGCAAGAGCUAUCCGUUGCUGUUCUAUCUGGGCUCAUUGCCAAUGCUGCUGUCGCUGGUACUCGUGGCAUUCCUGAUGAAGUUCGAUGACUGUGAUCCGCUUCUGAAAUUCUGCAAGCUGAUCUACCGGCGAUUGUGGCACUGCCGGAAACCCAACAUUGUUCGGAUACCGGACCUGGAAGAGCAACACGAGUCCCUCAUAGAUGACAGUCACGAGAACUAGAGAAGCCGUUCAGUUGCAAUCUCAUAAGAUUUCAGUCAAACCGAAUAAGCUUACUUCUACAGUAUGGGCAGGUUGGCAAUAGGAAUUGUGAGUUACCGAGACUCAUAGGUUAGUUCUCAACAUAAGAGUUUGGAAGACCGACUAAAUCCUUGUGUUUCUUUAUUUUGAUCAACCGAAAAUCUCCAUUUAGUCACCAUGGAACGCGAGAGCUCGAAUAAUUUAGCUAACUCAGUAAUAAUUUGUGUCGCCCAGUGUAAUGCGAACUCUAUUGAAUUGAUGUGGUCGUUUUAAGAUGUAUUAGAGGUAAGGAUAAAAUUAAAAAGAAUAAACCAAUAUUGUGAGUGCUAGAAAAUUGUGCAUUGCUUUGUACAACAUUUAGAUAGGUUUUGUUUUAGCACAAACGAGGCAUUUUAGAAAUGUUUUGUACCUAUAGUUAUUAGAUUUUGGUGUCUAACGCAAAUCAAAACGUGCGCAAAUCUACAAAGGCAAUGUCAAGGUAGAGCACAACAACGUAUUCACAUACAUCAGAUGUAUAUUUUUGUACAAAAAUGCAUUUUCAACUGUGACAUAAUUUUAGUCAUUGGUACCAGUAUUCUGCCGUUGAAUCAUCCCAGUAUAAUUUUAAUGAUUUUAUUUUAAAAAUUUCAGUCUAAUUGGCAAUGAAAAUUCACUGAUUAGGUAAAGCACGUGCCCUUCGGUAUACUUUUUACUCACUGUACUGUAUCCUUAAAAUACGACUUCACAAUACCUAUGUAACACUCACACAAACUAUGCAACUGUCAGUAUAUAGCGUAGCGAUCAAAUCAAGUUCGGCACAUUAAAAACACACUACACGAUUACAUUCCUACUUAGGUUAGGUUCCGAGGAAAAUGAAAAUCUAAUUUGUGAUAUCCUAGUUAAGGUAUACAGUAAACAAAACAACCACUCUAAAACGUUUAGAAAGUUUAAAAACCUGUUUUAUCUGUAGCUCGAGUUGACUGAUACUUUUGAAUAACAGCAAAAAACAAAAUGAAUAUGGAUAUAGAAAUCACCUAAAGUGUGUCUCUCACUACAAAGACUAAUGAUUUUCGAACAAUAAAAGUGGAAUACAAACUUACAACAAUGUUCUAGACAAACCAUAGGCAUUCCAAUUUACACCAGUA